AGAGAGAGAGAGAGAGGGAGAGAGAGAGAGAGAGCAUCAGCACUCUGCACCGCACACUCCCACCAACACACAUUUCAUUGUCCCACAGCCCGGACACACCGGACAGUUCCUCUCUUGUCUGAAACCUGAUUUAAAAUAACGGAUUUUGCUCUUUUGUUGCCUUUAAACCGACUCAUUUCCAUGAUCAUGACCCGGUAACCUGAGCGUGGAUCUGCACCGGGUUUGACUGAGCGACACCUGCUUUCACACACACACACACACACUCUCACUACCUCUCUCUCUCUUUUCUUUCCACUCUCUUUUGUCUCUGGCAUCUCUGCAGCCAGCAGCGCCCAGGAGGAGGAGGUGGAGGAGGAGGAGCGGGGUGUACCUGACACCUACAGCCGCGCGUCGCAGCUCUCUUCUCCCGCAGAAACACCUCGGAGUGGCCGCCACGAGUGCCUCCUGCUCUCGCCCCGGUUGUCUGUGUGUUAGUUCACCGGAGCUCUGUGCAGUUUGAACCGGGGGAGCAGCGCCUCUGCUGAACAGACAGAAAACUAUUUAAAAUCAACAAAACAGAGACAGGGAUCCUCUGAGAACUCCUGCUCGAUUCACUCGAACCUCGGGUCUUCAGGAUUUUUCUCCGUCUGACUGCAAAAAAUAAGAAAAAGGACUACACCUCAGAAGAUGCGACUCCCGGUGCUUCUCUGUGUGGUGAUGUGUUUGUCCGCAACACCGGGCCCGGUGGCCGGGGCGGACAGAAGCUGCGCCGACCUGCGGCAGUUCUACACGGGGAAAGGAUUCACCCUGGCCGGGGUACCUCAGACCGAGAUCUCCGGUGAACAUCUGAGGAUGUGUCCUCAGGGUCCGACCUGCUGCACCAGCGACAUGGAGGAGAAUCUGGCUGGCCUGACCGCCCAAGAGACCGAGGGACUGAUCAGAGAGGCCGGCAGGUCGCUGCAGGCUGCUUUCAAUGCUCUCCACAGGAGCUUCGACACCUAUUUCACCGAGCUGCACAGUCACUCUGAGCGCGCCCUCCAGGAGGCGCUGUCUCCACUCGGCCCUCUGUACUCCCAGAACACCCGUCUGUAUGGAGACCUCUACAGCGACCUGCGACAGUACUACCGGGGCUCCGCUCUCAACCUUGAUGAGACCCUGUCUGAGUUCUGGUCCCGCCUUUUAGAGCGUACAUUUAAAACCUCCGCCCCUACAGAUGUCAGCCUGUCAGAGGAUUACCUUGAAUGUGUUGCUAAGCAACAGGAGACGCUGCGGCCAUUUGGAGACAUCCCUAGGGACAUGAAGGCGAAGGUGAUCCGGGCUUUUGUCACAGCUCGGUCGUUUGUCCAGGGGCUGACAGUCAGCGGAGAGGUGGUCAGGAAGGUCUCCCAGGUUUCUUUGAGUCCAGAGUGCACGAAGGCCCUGAUGAAGCUGGUUUACUGCCCUCACUGUCGCGGCCUGGCCUCCGUCAAACCCUGCUCCAACUACUGCUCCAACGUCAUGAAGGGUUGCCUGGCCAACCAAGCCGACCUGGACCCAGAGUGGCAAAACCUUAUAGACACCAUGAUCCAGGUGGUGUCUAGUUUCAGCACAGAGCCCAGUCUCGAUGUGGUUCUCUCCUCCAUCCCAGCUCGGAUCUAUGAGGCUGUUCACUACCAGCAGGAAAACAUGGACACUUUCACAGCAAAAGUGUACCAGACGUGUGGAACUCCUGGUGAACCAGGGACAGGAAGUCCCACCCCUCAUGACCAGAGGAGGAAGAGUGGCUCCCUGACUGCCUCAGAGUACAAACCCUCCCCGACUGCCGGACUCAGACUGGAGAUGCAGGUAUCAGACCUCUCCAGUAAGCUGAGGGAGAUGCGACAGUACUGGAUCCAGCUCCCCCCAGCACUUUGCAGCAAACUGGCUGCAGGAGGCACCAAUCAGGAUAAAUGCUGGAAUGGCAUCACCAAAGCCAGAUACCUUCCAGAGGUGAUGGGUGAUGGCUUGGCCAAUCAGAUCAACAAUCCAGAGGUGGAGUUGGACAUCACGAAGCCAGACAUGAUGAUCCGGCAACAGAUCAUGCAACUCAAAAUAAUGAGCAACAGGCUGAAAAACGCAAUGGAUGGCAACGAUGUGGACUUCCAGGAUGCUAGCGACGACAUUAGUGGCUCAGGAAGUGGGAUGUGCGUGGGUGGACAGUGUCCUCGGAACAGGCCGGGAUUGUAUGCCUACUCGCCAGACAACAACCGAGUCAGAGGCGCAGCCACAUCUCAAACCUGCCUCUGUAACCUCACACUCCUGCUCCCACUGGUCAUCCUGCUGCUUCAGCGAUGAUGGACCGCUGCUGCCUCCAUUUGGACUCUGAAGUCCAUAGCAGGGCUGAACUGUGGGACAGACAGAAAGUGGGGUUUUGGUGGGGGGAGGAUUGGAAAGUAACUUUGCCAAAAAAAUUGAAAAAAGACAUUUUGGGGAGCAAAUGGACAAGAUUUUUCUUUGACCAAGUGGAGCAAAAAUUGACAGUGACAAUAUUCUUUAUUUUGUUUUGCUCAGUUUUCAUGUCUUAGUUUGAGUGCGAUUCAGUUUGUUGAGCGGGUUUCAGUGGAUUCUUGGGAUGAAGAUUGUGAGAGAAGAAGAAGAAUGGGAUGAAGAAGAGGAUGACAACCUUACAAUGAUGAAUGAGGAUAUUGCUAAUGAUUUAUUGACGUUCUAUCAGGUCCAUUGUAGCUCCAGUGUCCAGUCAGUGGGAGGCACAGCUCAGUGAAAAAAUGUUUAGUGCCCCGAUAUGUUGUGUGUUCGACAACACUUUUUUUUUUAUUUUCAUUUUUUAACUUGAGGUCGUCUACCUUAACAAACAUUGUGUAAGCUGUAAAUGUUUGUGUACAAUAGCUAAAAGACUGGCACCAUAUUCAGCCAUGAAUGUACAGUAUAAUACUAUAUUGGCAAUGAACCCCCCCCCCCCCCCCAAUAAUCUGUGAUGUAGUUGUCCAGAUGUUUUGGUGUGUGUUGGCAUAAACAGAUACAUUCAGUGUGAUUUGUUUCAAAUACUGCAGAUAAAUUAUCACACUCCUGAGAUGUAUGAGAUGUUGUGAUUGCAAGAUUUUACCUCACCUUUACUGUAUACCCAAAACAAAAGAAAAAGGAACCGACCACUUUUUUUUAACAACUCAUCACCUUUGUAAAGAAAUAAGCCGUUUCAUCAAAGCACCUAUAAACAAGCACAGACUAGCAGUUUCCUCAAGUCCUGUAAAGUUGCAUUGCAUUUGUGACGACACACUCACCAGGUUUUGUAACUGCAUAAUGGUAAAAAGAAUUGUAUCAUUAUGAAAAAAACAAGGUUUUCAGUUUCUGUACAUACAGUACAGGAUAUCUACAGAGUAUUGACAACAUGUGUAAAUUAACCUGGUGAUAGAACACUUACUUGGCAUGCCUCUUUUUCAGUCUACACUACUAUUCUGGUACAUAUGGGACUUCUGAUUCACACAAAUGACAGACCUCUUGCACACACAUUUACACACACACUGGGGUUGUGUAUUAAGCUGGUUUUUAUUCAUAAGUGUAUUGAAUCUCACAUUUCAUUCAUUAAACUCUGUUUGAUUGUCGCAGUGAA